GCGCGCGUUACGAAAAUCCACCCAUCUCUAACUUAUUUAUGACAAUAUCAGCUGAAAAGAAUCGAGUCUCGCUAUUUCCGUCGCCGGUGGUCCGUAAUUCACGCGCGGCUGCGCGCAAGCGAAACCGAGAGAGGAGAGAGAGAGAGAGAGGCGCGAGACCGCGGGGGAGAUCAAUAUGACCGAUCGUCGGACGCACGUGAACGUCUCGUCUCGUUUCCCGUGAAUGACGUAACAGGCAGGCGGCAUUAAACACGCGAAAAUGGCCGGCGCCGUGUGGGCCGAGGACGAGAUCGGGCGAAAGUGGGACCGCUGCUUUACGGACGCUAUUCUCAAGCUGGGUGGCGGCUUGAUCCUCGGCGGAGUGUUUUCUCUAUUUUUCUUCAAAAGAAGGAAGUGGCCCAUUAUAACUGGAGCUGGCUUUGGAUUAGGUAUGGCAUAUUCAAAUUGCGAGGAAGACCUCAAUGCGUCGAUACGUCAGAAGCCCAGAAGUUGUAAAUCUGAAGAGAAGAAAUAAUUAGAGCAAAUUAUAAAAACAAAAUUACAAAGUUAUUAUUAAGAUACAAAUUACAAUAAACUAAAUAUCUUUACCGCAGUGAGUCUAUAGUUUUUGUAUUUUUGAUCUAUACCUUGUAAUCUUAGGAAAGUAACACACAAUAAAUUACUUUGUGAAAGAAA